CCACCAGGAAGUAAGACAUCGAAGGCCUCAAGGAUGGGACUGAAGGUAGGGGAUAUUUUGCUCAUGUGCUGCUAUGGUCGUGUGUCUUUGAUCCCCACGUGGGCAGGGGAGAGUCCGGAAGCUGCGAUAAUACGAAAAAUUCAGAUCUUGGAAAGCAGGCGCGCAAGAGUUGAUGUUAUGACUACCAUGUACUCGAACUACGAACUAGGUGGAGAUGAAAUUCCCUAAACAUCAAAGUCCCUGCAACUAAAUCGAUUAGAAUAAAGUUCUUAGUGUUAGUAGUUUGUUUAGUGCCUUUACUUAGUCUUUCUAGAAGGAUAUAAAUAUAUCCACUUACUUAUACUUACUCAAUUGUUCCCAGCACCCCUCUUUCCUCGUCAAAGACACAGUCGCAUCGUUCGCGUUUUUGCGUGGGGCAAAGGAAAGCGAAUACUUCCCGAAAAGGGUUCUUUUCGAAGGCGACAAUUGCAAGGAUCUGAAGUUGACGAUGUUUUCCAU